CCUUUUUCCUCUCUAUAUAACCCUUCUUUAAUACCAUACCAUUUUCUCUCUCUUCCUGGGAGCGUAGCCAUCUCCAUAUCCUAAGCCAAUACCAAACUUUAGGUAGAAGAGUUUCGAUAAAUUUUGGUUGGGAAUGGAAUCAGGGAAACAAGGAAGCUCGGACGCUUCAAGUGAAGAAAACGAUCGGGUUGAUCGAGUCAAGGGCGACACGGCUGCAACCACCAAACGUUCCUACGAGUGUACUUUUUGCAGGCGAGGCUUCACCAACGCUCAGGCCUUAGGGGGACACAUGAACAUACAUCGCAAAGAUCGAGCCAAGGCCAAGCAACCAACGAGUUCUUCGGUCCCAAGUGAGCCAAUGAAUGAGGACUACAUGAACCCUGGAUAUCUGCCACCAAUUUCGACCGAACCACCAAACUAUUACCCGGUUUUGGAGGCCCAACGGAACUAUCACAUGUAUUUUCAGCCACCAGUGUCUAGCCCUACACUCCCAUAUGGUUACUACGAAAGUGAUUUUCUUGUCCCUGCCAGAUCGCAAUCUCUGAGCAUGAAUGAUGAAGAGCUUUUGGGUGCAAAUUUGAGCCUACAAAUUGGCCCAACGCAUGUAGAUGAUCGUGAAGUGAGGAGGGGAAUUAUGAAAGAAGAUGAACUGGAUUUGGAGCUUCGACUCGGUCACCAUCCAUAGUACACAGCAUAGUGUGUUCUAUCCACAACUGUGUACUAAUUCUAGUGUUAAGGAAUUUUAUUGUACAGUGGAGACACUAUUUAUUCAGCUACUGUUUCAUAGGGCAAAGUGAAUUUCUAAGGGUUUUUUUUCUGCAGAGAAAACAUUAUUUAUUAGAUUCUUCCCUUCAGGACGUUCAUUGAGAUUGGAUUGACGAAGAAGAGAAGAGGGAUUCUUAAUUUUUCUGAAAUUAAUUGAAAGAUGAAGAUGGAAGCAUCAGCUGAAUGAAGUAAAUAUAAUCAAUGCUCCCUGAGGGGAAUAUUAUACAUACCUUUAAUUAUAUAGAGGGAGAGAUUGCUUAUUCAAUAAGUAUUUUCCCCAUCUGGUCAAAUAAUUCCCAAGUAUGAUUACCAUCAAGAAUGAUCCUCGAG